ACAAGCAUUCCUUCCAUCUCCAUAACCACUCCUCGUCGCGCACUAGCAGCUCUCGCUUUGCAAAAUUUCACCCCCUGUGCGCGCUCUACUGCUCAAAGAAAGAUGAUGCAGUCGUCUGCCGCAUCCUCGCGCACCGCCGGCGCCAGCGCCGCCCAGGCGCAGACGAUGCGCCGGAGACCGUCCUCGGCGUCCAGGACGAGGACGAUAACAGCGCACGGCCAGCUGCAACAGCUCGCCGCCUCCUUCCCGCCGUCCACCAGCCCACCACCACUCCAGGGCGCCGCCUCGCCCUCUCCCUCUCCCUCGCCGACAUCCCCCAGCCCGCGCGCGUUCGACGCACGCGUGGCGGCCGAGGCGUGCAAGCGCGUGGAGGGCUACGUGAGCUUUAAAGACGUCGAGGGCCUCGGCGUGCCGCCGGACUACGACGACGACGGAGAGGAUGCGAAAGCCGGCGGAGGACGGCCGGGGCACGCGCGCCGGUGGUCGCUCUCGCGCUGGCUCGGUUUGGCGCCCGAGGCGGCGGGCGCGAGUGCGCCGGCGAGCCGGCCGACGUCGUUGACGUACGACGGCUCGAAAAACGUUCCCCGUCUAUGAACGAAGGUGUUCUACUCCAUGCAUCGUGUCCUUACCCGCGGACUCUUUUGAACCAUAACUUAUUCCCUGUAUUCUCACCCCCCCAAUCCACGCAUGGUCCGUUUCUUUUUCUUUUGUUUUUGCUGGACUAGUUACUACAUAUCGCUGUCGUUGUCUCUCCCCUCAUACCUCUCUCGUCGCAUUGUAAUUCUAUGCUCCAACCGGCUCUCGUCGCAAUGUAACACCAUC